GCUACAUAUGAAAGGUACACAGUCCUUUACCUCCUUAACUAUAGCAUAGACCUGAUUUUGCUCAGCUCUGUUUGCAUUAUAGAUUAGUUUAAAAAAAAAAAAAAAUCAUUCAGUGGUACUUAAAGUGAAACGUGUUGUCUUUAUAUAAAUUGUCAGUGAGCACUUAUGGUUUAGCCCUGGGAAGUUUAUCAUGGAUUUACAAACUAUGGCAUUUAUAAUGCUCUGCUUCAGGUUUCAGUUCACCUAAAUCUAAUCUUAGAAAUACAUGAAAAACGUAAACAGAUUGCCAUGUUGCAGUCUUCGCAAACUAGCCUAUUUUACCAAGUUACAGGUCAGAUCUGUGGAGAAGGGUGCCCCCUCAGAGCAAAUGCAUGCUUUCCAGGGUAUUUCUAAACAAUAAAAGCAGCUCCAAUUGAAUCAAUGCAAGAAAUAAAUGGCUUUAAAGUAGCCUUGACUCCAAAGGACAGCCAGCUCUAGAUUCAAAUACAGAAAUUGAAAACCUAUUCAUCUGGUCUAAUUUUGAAUUUAAAAGUAACAUUGGAUCUUUAAUUGCAAGCACUUUAGCACUAGUCAAAAAGCCUACAGGAGUAUCUUUCCAACAGAUCAAGUCAACUAUUUCUUGCAGCUGAAACAAAACAAAAAGAUUUCAAACUCAAAGCUUUAAAGAGCGUAGAUAACUUAUCCUGAAUCAAAUGCAAACUUUAGAUUUGAAAUUGCAUUUGAUUUAUCGACUGGAAACAUGAACUUUAAGAAGAUGAUGAAGAUAAAAAUGUUCAUUCCUUAAAAAUGUAUAAAUGUGCGGAGGGUGUUUGAACACAUCACGUGCACUUGUUGCUCAGUUGAAAUGGGAAACCUGAGCGCUGCACCGACUGGCCAACAACCUCGUCCUAAAAAAGCAAAAAAAAAAAAAAAAAAAAACUAUCAAAAAUUAUCAAACAAUUUUCUAGCUUUUUCUUUAACAUGAGUUUCAAUCAUCCAUGUUAACAAAAUAAAUGAUCUACAUCUUAAAGGUAAAAAGUAAUAGCAUUUGUACAAGCCAAUCGGAUUGCGCAGCGGCGUCUCCUCCCACAUCGUGCGUCCCUGUCUCGGCGCAGUAUGGCCGCUUAGUUGCAGCCAUCGUGCGAUCGCUCUCAACUGUAUUAUUUAUUUUACAUUUUAAUCAUGUCUGCCUUGUUGAUUCUCAACAAAUCCUUGUGCCGACUCCCUCCGACUGUAGCCCGGCAGGUCCUGGGCUGCUGUUACCACACUGAACGAGGAGUUUACGGGUACCGACCCAAACACACCGACAGGGACCUCAAGUUGUGCACGGAGUGGACUGCAGCACUAAACCAAGAUCAUGGCGUGGCUCGUCUGGUAGAGGCAUACAGAGCUCAUGGGCACAAAGCAGCUAAAAUUAAUCCCUUACUCCCCGAAAAACCUGUAAUGGACGAUGUCCCAGAGAUCAACACCCUGGCUGGAACCAUUACAGGCAAACUCAACACCUCGGGUUUGAGGCAUUUUGGCAAAUCUGAAGCAUCAGUAGAAGAAGUUCAGUCGUAUUUGGAGAAGAUGUACUGUGGUCAUCUGUCAGUGGAGAUCAGUCAGCUCAGCAGUCUCAAGGAGAGAGUGUGGUUUGCCGAUCGCUUUGAGGAACUAAAAAACCAAAGCUUCAACGCUGAGGAGAAAAAACGUCUGGCCAAAAUCAUGCUGGAGUCACAGGAGUUUGACCACUUCCUGGCCACCAAAUUUGCAACAGUGAAGCGAUACGGAGGAGAGGGAGCAGAGAGCAUGAUGGGAUUUUUCUACGAGCUCUUCUACCAGGCGAACCACAGUGGGGUGACGGACAUUGUGAUCGGGAUGCCUCACCGCGGACGACUGAACCUCCUGACAGGCCUGCUCCAGUUCCCCCCUGAGCUCAUGUUUCGCAAAAUGCGAGGUCUCAGUGAGUUUCCCGACACGUCUCCAGCCAUCGGUGAUGUGCUUUCUCACCUCACCUCGUCCAUUGAACUGGAUUUUGGAGCUGAACGUCGGAUUCAUGUGACCAUGCUGCCGAACCCAUCCCAUUUAGAGGCCAUUAAUCCAGUGGCUCAGGGUAAGACCAGAGCGAGGCAGCAGCUGAGGCAAGAGGGGGACUACUCUCCAGAUGAAAACGCUCAGCCAGGAGACCAAGUCAUCUGUCUGCAGGUCCAUGGGGAUGGCUCAUUCACGGGGCAGGGCAUCGUUCCUGAGACUCUGACCCUCUCAAACCUGCCCCACUACAGGGUAGGGGGCAGUAUCCACCUCAUUGUCAACAACCAAGUGGGUUACACCACUCCAUCAGAAAGGGGCAGGUCCUCGCUCUACUGCAGUGAUGUUGGUAAAAUGGUGAACUGUGCUGUGAUCCAUGUGAACGGCGAUGAUGCUGAAGAGGUGCUGCGGGCCACUCGUUUGGCUGUGGAGUAUCAAAGGACAUUUCGGAAAGACAUCAUUUUGGACCUCAUCUGUUACCGUCAGUGGGGCCAUAAUGAGCUGGAUGAGCCUUUCUUCACAAACCCGGCUAUGUACAAGAUUAUCCGUUCUCGUAAGAGUGUCCCUGACUCCUACUCGGAUCAGCUCAUUGCGGAUGGUUUGAUGACUGAAGAGGAGCGCGAUGGCAUCAAAUCCAAACACUACGGCAUGCUCAAUGAAAAACUGUCCAACAUGACUUUGUACAGCCCCCCGCCCACCAACCUGCAGGGCCGCUGGGGGGGCCUGGUCGAACCCCAGGCCAAAGUCUCCACAUGGGACACUGGAGUGCCUAUCCCCCUUUUGCAGUUUGUCGGAGCAAAGUCUGUGAACAUCCCUGAAAAUACUCAGCUCCACAGCCAUCUAGGAAAAACUCAUGUUCAGGCUCGCCUGCAAAAGUUGGAGGAAGGGACCAAACUCGACUGGUCUACAGCAGAAGCCCUGGCUUUUGGCUCUCUUCUCAGUCAAGGUUUUAAUAUCCGUAUCAGUGGGCAGGAUGUUGGACGAGGCACAUUCAGUCAGAGACAUGCGAUGGUGGUGUGUCAGGAGACUAAUGAUACAUACAUACCAUUAAACAACAUAAGCCCUGAGCAAACUGGCUUCUUGGAGGUUUGCAACAGUCCUUUGUCAGAAGAGGCGGUGCUUGGCUUUGAAUAUGGGAUGAGUAUUGCACAACCUAAACUUCUUCCCAUUUGGGAGGCUCAGUUUGGAGACUUCUUCAAUGGAGCACAAAUCAUCUUUGAUACAUUCAUUUCUGGAGGUGAAGCCAAGUGGCUGUUGCAGUGUGGGAUGGUGAUUCUCUUGCCCCAUGGUUAUGAUGGGGCAGGUCCUGAGCACUCAUCCUGUCGAAUGGAGCGCUUCUUACAGAUGUGUGACAGUAAACUGGAUGGUGUUGAUGGAGACACUGUCAACAUGUCUGUAGUGAACCCCACCACUCCAGCGCAGUACUUCCACUUACUCCGAAGACAGAUGAUAAGAAACUUCAGAAAACCCCUCAUUGUGGUUGGACCCAAGACUCUGCUUAGAUUCUCUGGGGCAGUGUCUAGUUUGAGUGAGAUGGCACCAGGCACCUCAUUCAAACCAGUACUUGGUGAUACAGUGGUCUCAGCUGAAAGUGUCCAGAGGGUGGUGCUGUGCUCAGGGAAGCAUUACUACGCCUUACUGAAGCAGAGAGAGGCUUCAGCGGCUAACCAAAACACAGCUCUGAUCAGACUGGAGGAACUGUGUCCAUUUCCACUGGACGCUCUGCAGCAGGAGCUCACAAAAUACCCCAAUGCUAAAGAGUUUGUUUGGAGUCAAGAAGAACCUGAAAAUAUGGGUCCCUGGUCGUUUGUAGGUCCUAGGUUUGAGAGACAACUGGCCUGUAAGCUUCGUCUCGUGAGCCGUCCUGCGUUGCCUGCUCCCGCUGUGGGCAUCGGGACCCUUCACCAUCAACAACAAGAGGCCAUCCUGAACGCCACCUUCUCCUGAGACCCAACCACCAAAGACACGCAUUAACUCUACACUACAAACUCUAUCUGCUGUUUAAACUCUCAUCAACACUAGUAACUGUGAAGUAGGGAGGAACCUGGGACCUUUGUUUGUAUAUUUUUACAGACGCGCGGUUUAGCAUUUAUGAAUUUAUGAAUGUGAACACAACCUAUUAAUCAGGUUUGUGAGCAUUACAAUCCUAAGACACUUAAUAAUAAUGUUUACAAUUGCAAAUCUGUAGAAUUUAAGCUUCAUGUUGACUGCCAACCUGCAAAAGGAUGAUUUCCCAUUAACCACUGUAUUUUACUUACCUUGACAUUGGGCUGCUGUUAGAAGUACCAGUCAAAAGUUUGAACACACCCUCUCUUUCAAAGUUUUAGUUUUCUUUAAUUUUACUACCUUUACAUCCUAUAUGCAAACGUAAGACAUCAAGUAUAUGAAGUAACAUAUGGAAUUAUGGAGUAAAGAAAAAAGGAUAAAUAACUACUAAAUAGUUUGGAAGGCAAAGCAAAUGAGGAUUGAGGAUUUGAAUAUUACAUUUACUUUUUUUUGGUAAAUAAUUCCAUAUAUCUUACUUUAUAUAUUUGAUGUCUUCAGUAUGUAUAUAAAAUGUAGAUGUAAAGUUGUAAAAACUAAGAAAAAACAUGAGGGGACGUGUCAAAAUUUUGACUGGUCGUUUAUAUCAGUUACUAUUAGCAUUGGCACAAAACAAUAUUGAAUUUGUUUCUGAAAAAGCAUUUUGAAUUGUAACCUUUGUGAUUGUGCGAUAUUUAUCUAGACAUUGUUUGUACUAACGUAUUUAAAUUGAUGGUUUAAUAGUGGAUUAAUUUUAUGUUUACGUAGACUUAACUGGAAAAAAUGAAAGGGCUAAUGUAAAUAUACCAAUCCAGAGCAUUAAAUUUCAAUAUUUUCUCAUGAAGAUA